AUGCAGCUCUUCUCCCUUCCAAAACAGACAAAGAAGAAUGCUGCUUCGCCCAAGAAGGCGACGAGCGGGCACCCGGUCCCCGAUAACUCACACAAGAAUGCCUUUGGCCAGGACGACAAGACGGCAGGCACGCUCCACCUGCACCAUUCUCCCAGUUCCCACUCGCGGAAUCGGCAAGGCGGCGCGAGCAACCGCACCAGCACAGGGGAUCGGGCGUCCCCGUUAUCGCUUCCAAGCCUUCAGUCGCCGUCCACAAACAGCCGAUCGCACGUUGACAGCGUCAGCAGUAGCUCUCAGCAGCAACAGGCGCAGCGGCAAGCCUCGGAAUGCGAGAAAACGAGCGAGGUUUUGAUGCCACGACUUCAACGCGCCAGUGGUGCCUUAACGGGCACCCCAAACGCGCGGACCAGUAGCAGCACUGGCUUUCCGGUACAUGGCGCAACCGCUGCAUUGGCAGUUCGACGGUCUGCUGCAACCGAUCCACCGGCAUCGAAGCCCGCGACGAUAAACAGUACACCGGCUACUCCACGGUCUGAUCUUACCGCCCCGAUAUGGCAGCCUCCUGUGACGCGUCUGUCGCCCUCCGACGUCUGCACAGUGCAGAAGCCUUCCGUCCACUUCGUGUCGCCGCUGCCUGAGGAUUGUGACAAGCAACCACCAAUAGGGCUCCCCGACAAGACGGCAAUCCCCUCGCCGCCGAGUUUGACCGCCACCAGCGCUCAAAAAGGGCAGCCGCCUGCUUUGCCGAAGUCGCGCCUUGCCGCCCCAGCCGUCGUUCCGCCCGCUCCGCAGCCUCUGCCGCCGAGCACCACCUCCCUCCCCGUCUUCACCGCUAUGGAGUCAGUGCCGAAGCAGCCCGGCUCACCCUUUCGCGCUCUCAAACGCCACAAAAAUUCAUACGAAGGGGUGAGCAACCUCCCUGGCGGAUCCAUCUCCACGAGAACGAACGGCAACUUGAGCAACGACACCGUGACAGCCCCCAUCGAGGGCAACGCAGCCGCAGGCGUAGGCAGGAGCAGCACUAGCGCCAGCAGGGUGACGCUCAGCCCCUUCUGCAAGGAGCGCCAGGCGAACGGCGCAUGCACCGGAAGCAGCGCUCACGACACGGGGCACGAGCCGGUCGCCAGUUUCGCCGACGGCGUUGACGGCAGCCAGCGGAGCCAACAGAGCAACAUCCCUGUCAUCGCCCACGUUGUCCCCAUCCCACCCCCGAUGAACGUGGGCAAGUUGGGUUCUUUUCGCGGAGCUGUCGGCACUCUGCUGAAGAGCACGCGUCGCACGAGUAGUAUGUACAGCAAUCACAGCACACAGAGCUCGAUGGAGGUGGUGGUCUCCGAGAAUUCCUCCUUGGUGCGUCGAUUGCAGUGCACGAGCAACCGCUUGUCGACGCCACGCACCACGAUCAAAUCUGUCAGUAGCUGCAGUCUCAGCUUAGAUGACGUGCCGCGUCCGCUGAAUCGCCACGCAUCGACUCUGUCGACGGAGCAGCAGGAAGCGCUGCGCCGCACGCCGUCCUUCCUCACCCGCGCGCACACGCCGCCGCCGUCGAGCUUGAGGGAUUUGGUGCAGGUGCGCAAAGGUCGCCGUCUGCUGCAGGUGCGCUGCAAUACGCCGGACGUGCACUCUGCCGCGCCAGGGGUGCGUUCGGCAAGCGAGCAGUCGCUGAGCAUCAGCCCCAUGGUAGUGCUCAGCGGACUGCCUCCGUCUGGCAGUGACGAUGGAAAGCCAGCUGCUCGUUCCUCGGCGAGAAGCACCGAACACGCCUCGCCGUUGCCUGAACAUGACAAGAAGGGUGAUGCGAGUGGGCAGCCUUUGAAGGACCUGGUGGCAACCGGUUCUGGUGCCGUGUCCCCGAACGGUCCCUCAGACUCGGGCUCCCGUUGCAGCCUCCGCAACGGCGGGCGAGCGGCGGAGGGGAGGGCCAACGAUGCGAGGUUGCUGGCGGAGGCAGGCGCGUCGUCGGAGGCGCCUAGACCGUCCAGCUGCGAGACGAUCAAGCCCCAACCGCGGGCGGCGCACAUUCCCUCGCCUCCACCUUUCCACCACCACCAGACUUCAGAGCCGGGGCUGGCGGAAGUCUCGCCGCCGCCACUGUCCUGCUCUCUGGAUUCGGUCGGUACAUCCGCCGCAGUGAGCCAUGACCUGCACAAAAGCACGUCCUCAAGCAUGUCCCUUCUCCUUGACGAGGCAGCCGCGUUUGACUUUUACGGGUCCUGCGUGCUGUCCACGCUGCAGUUCAACGCAAAGCCGCCGCAGUGCAUCACAGCCACCCCCACGCCCGCCGACGACAGCGACAGUGCCACUUCCGUCGACGAGGCGGCACAAGGCCAGCAGCGAUCGGCACAGCAAGAGCAGAAGCCACAGAAGCCGGAGAUGUCGCGCAACGGCACUCCCAGCAGCGCCGCCGUCAAGGCGAAGAGGCAAAACGAUGUCAGCAUCAGCGUAUCGGAAAGUGCGAAGCUGAGCGUCGCGGAUUUGCUCGGCGCAGCGUCUGGGAAAACUGCUGCCAAGGCUACUGACGCGAGAAAAGUCGAGGGAGCCACGUCCGCCGCGACACCCAACCAGAACAAGUCGUCAGCGAAACACGUACGCACGGUGCGGCCGGCAAGCCGCCAGCGCGUAGUCAGCGCGUACGUCGAUGAAGACGACGAUGAUGAGGACGGUUUUCACCAGGCAUCCUGCGCCAUCCUGAAGCCCGCCAGCGCAUCCGCGAAGCAGCAGGGCACAUCCUACGGAGGACCCUCGCUUGUGUCCUCGCCGCCGAGAGAAACCGGGCACGACUACUUGACCGCGAUCCCCAGCUCCGCAAAGCCCUCCCAGCCCUUAAGAGAGACCCCACCGACACCAGCGGCCGCGAAGCCAGCAGCGGUUGCAGCGCCCUUGCGCGCACAGCUCGGUCUCUCUUGGAACGACGACAGUGAUGAUGAUGAGAACGAGGAGGAGUACGACAACCUGCUGGAGGGCUUCCACCCCGCCGGCUUCGACGCCCGUCGCGGAGCCCGCAGCAGCAACUCCAUAGUGUUCUACCUCGACAAGGAGGACAGUCUGAGCAGCAUGGACGUUGUUGUGAGGGCGGCCAGCAUCCCGCGCGGCAGCUGGGCCAUUCCGUCCUCGCUCGCUGACACGAAAUUGCUGCCGCUAAACCAGAAGCCGCAGCCCGAGUACUCGAUGGUGAAGCUCUCCACCACGGUGAAGACCGGUGGCGGUGGCGCGCGACCGCACGUUACCUUCGACCCCUACAUCGCAGAGAACAUGCACCCGGUUGCUCAGUUCACGUCGUCCGAGCCUAGCAGCACCCUUCCCGACUCGCACGUGAAUAAGAGCCUCAGCUCGCAUGGUAAUCUAGACCAGUACGGUUUUGCUAUAGACUCCAGUUUUUCCUCGCUGCAGUUGAACGCGAACGUGCGAGGCUCGAGGACGGUGCUGAGCCGGAACUCGGCGUCCGGGGUGCCGAGUAAGGCCUCCACCCCCUCCGCCCCCUUUAGCAUCUUCCUUGGGACAACCCUUCGCUUCGCGCCGGAUAAGAGCAAGAUGCAGCGGCCACUGGCAAACACGUUUGGGUACACAAACGCGCAGCGUCGUGCCCGCGCAGCCGCGAUGGCGGCAGGUGUGAGCGCGGAGGAGUGGGCACGGGCUGCUGGCAUCGACGAGGACGACGUGGACACUGAGGAUGGCGUCUACGGCGAGGUGUACACGGAUGAGAAUGGCGACGAGUGGUACUGGGAGGAGGUGGAGGACGAGGAGUGUGAGGAGGACGAAGACGAAGACGAGGGAAAUGUCAGCGACUCGGCGCGCGCUCUCGAGAAGCGCGGCGAGGGAGUCCGUCACAGUCCAGCAUCCACAUCUUCUGUCAGCGGCGUCACCGCCACCGCUACACGCUAG